UAUCUAAGUAAUGGAAGAGCUAGAAGCAUGGGAAGAUUUGUCUAACAUUCCAGCUGAUCCACCUGUAAUGCGAGAGUUAUGUGAAAAUUGCAAGAGACCAUCAGUGGUGUGUUGGUGUUCAGCACUGCCACCAGAGCGACUAAAUCCUGAGAGUAAAAUUAUUUUGCUCCAACACCCAGCUGAAGAAAAGAGGUGUCUUCGAACUGCACCCAUGUUGCAACUUGGUCUAGCAGAAAAUAAGUGCCUUAUAUUCAAAGGAAAAAAAUUUCCUCAACCUAAGCAUGAAAACUUAGAAGAAAUUCUUCUUCAUCCUAAUACAUUACUUUUAUACCCCAGUAAAGCUGCCAUCGAUAUUAAGGAUCUAGACUAUGAAGCCACUUUUUAUAAUAUUGUAUUAAUAGAUGGAACAUGGCCACAAGCUAAAGCUAUUUACGCAUCAAGCCCUAUUUUACACAUCAUUAAACAAGUGAAGCUAACCGUUUCAAAUGCUAGCAAUUAUAUCAUCAGGACCCAGCCGACUGAAGGCUGUUUAAGUACACUGGAGACAGCUGCCGAAGCACUGUCACAGUUAGAAAGAAACUCAAUUUACCGACAACAACUAGUUGAACCUCUUCACAUGUUAUGUAAAUUUCAGCUAGAUAAUGGUGCGGUUACACAUCAAUCAAAAGAAUUUUUAAUCAAAACAAAAACUUACCCCAAACUCAUAGGUAAAAGGUUGUCAAAACUAUUAAAAUCAACAAAUUAAAAUAAAGAAAAAUAAAAUUCCUUUGGUAAAUUUUAUAAAACUGUUAAGUUUUGUAACCUGUAUGUUUACUUUAUGUUCAUUCUUGUUAUUAAUUCUGGGCUCCUAUUAAAAAAACUAGUAUGAGUUUUAUGUAUUCA